CUUUCUCAGGUGGGAAUGUAUAUUAAAAGGACAUUUUCUACUAAUAGGAUUUUAUUCAAUGAAGAAAAAUAUUUAGAAGUAGCAGAAGUUAAUGGUGUACAAACAAUAACAUUAAAUCAUCCUACUACUCGUAAUUCUUUAUCCAUGAAUAUGUUGAAAUCUCUCCUGGAAAAUAUUAAAAAUUGUGAAAAUAAUAUGAAUCUCAGGUCCAUUGUUAUCAGAGCUACUCCAGGGAAUGUAUUUUCAGCUGGACAUAACUUAAAAGAAUUGACUGCUAACAAUGGGGAGUAUCACAAGAAAAUCUUUGAAACAUGCUCAGAAUUGAUGAGAUCAAUUGCACAAAGUCCACUCCCUGUGAUUGCUGCUGUGGAUGGUUUGGCUUCUGCAGCUGGUUGCCAAUUAGUUGCUGCAUGCGAUAUUGCUAUCUGUACUGAAAGAAGUUCUUUUAGUACACCUGGUGCCAACCUUGGAAUAUUUUGUUCUACACCAGGCAUUCCAUUGAUUCGAAAUGUACCCAAAAAAACUGCAAUGUACAUGCUUUUCACAGGUUUUACCAUUAGUGGAAAAGAAGCAUAUGAAGUGGGCCUUGUAAGUAAAGUAGUGCCAAAUGACAAAUUAGAAGAAGAACUUAAUACAAUUACCACGGCUAUAAAUACAAAAAGUCGCUCAGUGAUACACAUUGGAAAAACAUUUUUAAAUGAACAAAUGGACCUCGACAUGUCGACAGCAUAUUUCUUGGGAACCGAGAAAAUGGUUAAUAAUUUGAAAAUGAAAGAUGCUCAGGAGGGUAUCAAAAGCUUCAUUGAAAAAAGGAAACCUGUUUGGAGCCACGGCUAUGAAAAAAAUUAA